GGCAAGACUUGUAGCGCGAGGGGACAUGCAGAGGGCUUCGAUUGAUAUUGGAGAAUUGUUUGCACCCACCGUUUCAGUGUCUAGUGUGCGCUUGUUAGCAGCAUUAGCAUGUGAGCAGUAUCUUGACUUGCGCCAUUUCGAUAUUCAGCAAGCUAUUGUGCCGUCUGAGCUUGGUGAGGAUAUUUUCAUGCGCGUACCGCAGGGGUGUGGUAGGUUAUCUGGCCUGAUCGUGAAGCUGUGCAAGAGUCUGUAUGGUUUGAAGCAGGCGUCACGACAUUGGCAUGCGCACCUGACGAGGUGUUUAUUACGUGUAGGUUAUUUGCGGUGUCUGGCAGAUGCAUGUGUUUUUCGAUUGAUGGAGGAAGGACGUGUGAUCAUGAUCAUCGUGGUCCACGUGGAUGACAUUCUUGACGUAGGGCAGAAGGAGAGGUUUGACAAGUUUGGCAGGGAUCUCAACACAAUGGUCCCCGUGAAGAACCUUGGAGAAUUGAGAUGGUACUCAGCGUGCUUUUACGAGAGAGACGUAGAGGGAGGGCUGUUGAGGAUUUCGCAGCAGAGGUUUGCCGAAGAGUUGGCUGCAGAGUACGGCAUUGAGUGGGGGGGAGCGUGCCCUUGCCUCACUCGGUAUUUAGGGUACGUGCGGAGGACGAGUUGGAUGGGGACCACAUUUGAGAGGGGAGUGGCGACAGGGAUGAGCAUGCAGGUGCUUGUGGAUGCCGACUAUGCAAGCAAGGCGACAGACCGUAGAUCGGUGUCAGGGGGGCUAGUGAUGUGUGGGGGAGGGUGUGUGGCUUGGUUUUCGAGGACGCAGAAGUGCGUUACGCUUUCCACCACGGAAGCAGAGUAUGUGGUAGUUGCCGAUGUCUUGAAGGAAGUGUUGUUCCUGAGGCAGGCGUGGCGUUCUAUGUUGCCAGAUGCAGGUAUGCCGUGCAUCCCGGUGUUCGAGGAUAAUCAGGGAGCGAUUCAGAUUGCGCACAACCCGAUCACGAACUCCAACUCGAAGCACAUCGAUGUACGGCAUCACUUUAUGAGGGAGCUGGUAGAGAGGAAGGAGAUCUCAAUUACUCAUGUGCCGACGCAAUUUCAGCAUGCAGAUUUCUUGACCAAGGCUAUUAGCAAGGAGGGAAGUGUUUUGGGGUCGAUUCGUAUUCUGAAAGAGAAGAGAGAAAGAGGGAAACGAGAUCGGACAUGA